CCCUGCAAAACGUCCGUUAAGCUGCGGCAGUAGUCUGUGUCUCAUCUGCUUUCUACACAUUCAAACAGUGAAAGCAACUUCCAUGGCUUUAACCAAAACAAAGCUACGGUUUCCCUCCUCUAUCUCUCCUUUAUCUCAACGCUUCUUCAAGUUGUACUCUUCAACGCUGACCUCGCUCCGAGGAGAUGAACCAGGAGAAACUGAUACGAGCGAAAAGCCCAAAAUCGCCGCCCAAUCCCCUGAAGAAGCCGAAGUCGCCGAAAAAUUCCAUUCCCUCAUCAAAGACCACCACCGCAAAAACCCUAACCUCGACCUGAACUCAGCCCCGCCAACCCCUGACUUAACUAUCCCAUCUCUCUCCCUCGACUUCUCGAAAAUCUCCGCCGUCCACUCCAUCUCCCCUUCCCUCGUCCGCCAAGUCAUCGACAAAUGCGGUGGGGUCCGCCACGGGAUACCUUUUCUCCAAACCCUCUCCUUCUUCAACUGGGCCACCACCCGCCCCGACUUAGCUCCCUCGCCUGACCCGUACAACGAAAUGAUCGACCUGGCUGGAAAGUUGAGGCAUUUCGACUUGGCUUGGCAUUUGAUCGACUUAAUGAAAGCCAAGAACAUCGUCGUCUCGAUCGAAACCUUCUCGAUUCUGAUCAGGCGUUACGUGAAUGCCGGAUUGGCUGCUGAGGCGGUGCACGCUUUUAAUCGUAUGGAGGAUUACGGGUGCGUUCCUGAUAAGAUUGCAUUUUCAAUAGUGAUUAGUAGUUUAUGUAAAAAAAGAAGGGCUGAGGAAGCUCAAACAUUUUUCGAUAAAUUGAAGGACAAGUUUGAACCUGAUGUGAUUCUCUACACUAGCUUGAUCAACGGCUGGUGUCGUGCCCGGAAUAUCUCGGAGGCCGAAAGGGUAUUUAAAGAAAUGAAAAUGGCAGGGAUUAAGCCUAAUGUUUAUAGUUAUACUAUUGUGAUUGAUGCAUUGUGUAGGUGUGCCCAAAUUACGCGUGCUCAUGAUGUUUUUGCAGAGAUGAUUGAUGUAGGAUGUGAGCCAAAUUCGAUUACUUUUAAUAAUUUGAUGAGAGUUCAUGUCAAGGCUGGUCGGACGGAGAAGGUUUUGCAGGUUUAUAAUCAGAUGAAAAGAUGUGGUUGUCCUGCAGAUACAAUUACAUAUAAUUUUCUUAUAGAGAGUCAUUGUAGGGAUGAUAAUCUUGAUGAGGCGAUCAAGGUGCUUAAUUUGAUGAUUAAGAAAGAGUGUAUCCCGAACCCUUCUACUUUCAAUACUAUAUUUAAGUGUAUUGAGAAGUUACAGGAUGUGAAUGCUGCUCACCGAAUGUAUGCUAAGAUGAAGGAUUUGAAAUGUAUGCCUAAUACUGUUACUUAUAAUAUAUUGAUGCGAAUGUUUGCUGGUGCAAAGUCUACUGAUAUGGUUCUCAAGUUAAAGAAGGAGAUGGAUGAGAAUGAGGUUGAGCCUAAUGUGAAUACUUAUCGGAUUUUGAUCACAAUGUACUGUGGGAAGGGGCAUUGGAACAAUGCUUACAAGUUCUUUAAUGAGAUGAUUGAGGAAAAAGGCUUGAAACCAAGUAUGGCUCUUUAUCAGAUGGUGCUGGAGCAGCUAAGAAAAGCUGAGCAGUUAAAGAAACACGAGGAACUAGUAGAGAAGAUGGUUGAUAGGGGAUUUGUGACACGUCCUUUGUAGAAGUAGGUUCUUGCUGUUGUAUCUGUGACGCCUGUGAGGUAGGACAUUUUCCAUCAAAUUUCUUCCUUGGUGAUGAUGAUGGGGACUGGGGAGGCAAGCUUUCAGCCUGUUCGGAAGAAUCUUCUUCGCUAAUCCAUUUGUGGAUAGCAUGUUCUUUGUCUUCGCUUUCUUUUUCUACGAACAAAAAGAUAUUUCAAGCAUAUCAUUAAUAGUUUCACACACCAGCCUCAUAUUGUAUUCACAAACAAUUCUCCUGUCUC